CUCAUAGUUUGUAUAAAAACACACCGAGGACUCAGACAUGACAGACAUUACCAUGAUCCCCUACUGGAAGACCCUUUGCUGUGUUUUGCUGUUGGCGCUGAUGGGUGCUCCAGGUGUGGAGGCAUGGCCGGAGAUCUCCUGGCCCGGGCAGGUGACGGCUGGUUCCAGUAAGACGUUCACCUGCUCCUCUCCCUGCAACCCGGACUGCGUCUUCACCUGGUACUUUAAGGGUCGCACGAUCAACGGGAGCUCGUUUUCGUGGACUCCUGACGGGCAGGACAACACGGUGGAGUUAAAGUGCAACGUGCUCAAUCCACGAACAGGAGCCCGCAGCAUCAUCUCCAUAGUAGACAUCAGGAAUCCAGUGUCUGUGCAAAUCUUCCCUCCAAACAAUGUCCCAACUCUAAACCGGACCCUGGUUCUGCUGUGCCAUCGUGCUCCACCUGGUGACUUCUCGGGCCCAUCGCAGCUGGCGGACCCGGUGGUGUGGUACAAAGACGGGCAGAAAAUGACUCCACAUGAACAGAAAAUAAACAACGUCAUGCUUCACUUUGACUCGCUGCUGCCUUCUGAUGCUGGAUUCUACAUGUGCGAGAUUACGGUUCACCAGACAAGAGUUUUCAGCCGGGGUUAUCUGCUCAGCUUCGAUGCGUGGAACGUCAGCAUCAGCGGACCUGACAUCGUGUUUCCAGGCAGAUUGAGUGAAUUCACCUGCUUGACGAGCUGCUCCUUAAACGUGGACUGUACGGUCAGAUGGGAGUUCAGGCAGGGUUUUCCCAUUGGUACCUACUUCUCAGUGAAUCAGAAUAAGCUCAAGUGGACUCCCUCAAUGCCCGGUACCUUCCAGAAAUUCACCUGUGUUGCAGAAAAUGCAGCUGCUGGUCGCUCGGCUGAGGACACCAAGAUGGUAGAAGUUAAAGGUAUUCCUCUCUCUGGAUCAGAGGCGCUGCAGCUCAGUGGACCUUUUACAAUGAUGCUGAGCCUGGGACUGCUGCUGCUCUCUGGUUCAUAAAGCUGUUAAAUUGUAUUACAUUUUAAGCCUAAAUGAUUCAAUUUGCCUUUUUCCAAAUGCUCUUCUUUGCCUUUAUCUUGUUCUUUUAUUUAAUAAAUACAGUCGUUCACCAAUUCCAAUACAUUUCAUUAAUUCAUCACAGGUGUUGUACCAUGAAAUGCUGUGAAAAUGAAAUAAAAGUGUACCAAAGAAAA